AAGCCCGGAUAAGCAUGAACGGCUGACUCGUACUACACUGUGCUACUCCUGUUCGAUGAAUAGUCAUCCGGCUUCCCCGUGCUCCAGCUAAGCUAUAACCCGCCGCAUUCGCCCCCAAUCUCUUCCCCUAAACCCCCAGCGCCGCCUCCGACGACCAUGGCCGCCUCCCCCGCUAAACCCUGCUGCUUCUCCUCCUUAAACCCCGCCUCCUCCACCCCGCUCGCCAGGCGCUCAAGGACCCUCUCCUCCUCCGCCGCUGCCGCCAAGCCCCACCGCUUCUCCCAUGGCCUCGCCGCAGCCGCCGUCGCCGCGAACCCUAGGGCCGCCGCGCUCCGCCGCCCCGUCCGCGCGUGCCUGGCGGCGGGGGCGGCGCCGCGGCGCCCCGAGUACGUCCCGGACCGCAUCGACGACCCCAACUACGUGCGCAUCUUCGACACCACGCUCCGCGACGGGGAGCAGUCCCCGGGGGCCACCAUGACCAGCGCCGAGAAGCUCGUCGUCGCGCGCCAGCUCGCCCGCCUCGGCGUCGACAUCAUCGAGGCCGGGUUCCCGGCCUCCUCGCCCGACGACCUCGACGCCGUGCGCUCCAUCGCCAUCGAGGUCGGGAACACGCCGCUCGGGGGGGACGGCCACGUGCCCGUCAUCUGCGGCCUCUCCCGGUGCAACAAGAGGGACAUCGACGCCGCCUGGGAGGCCGUGCGCCACGCCCGCAAGCCCCGCAUCCACACCUUCAUCGCUACCAGCGAGAUCCACAUGCAGCACAAGCUGCGCAAGACGCCCGAGCAGGUGGUGGCCAUCGCCAGGGAGAUGGUGGCCUAUGCCCGCAGUCUUGGAUGCCCUGAUGUAGAGUUCAGCCCCGAGGAUGCCGGAAGGUCAAAUAGAGAGUUCCUGUAUCAUAUUCUAGAGGAAGUAAUAAAAGCUGGAGCAACAACCCUCAACAUCCCAGACACAGUUGGAUACAAUCUCCCUCAUGAAUUUGGGAAACUAAUUGCUGACAUAAAAGCAAACACUCCUGGAAUUGAGAAUGCAAUUAUUUCUACUCAUUGCCAGAAUGACCUCGGUCUUGCAUCUGCCAACACAUUAGCGGGUGCUUAUGCAGGAGCACGGCAGUUAGAGGUGACUAUCAAUGGUAUUGGUGAAAGAGCCGGCAAUGCUUCCUUGGAGGAGGUUGUCAUGGCAAUUAAAUGUCGUCGAGAACUAUUAGGUGGCCUUUAUACUGGGAUUAGUACCCAGCAUAUUACUAUGUCAAGCAAAAUGGUACAAGAGCACAGUGGACUUCACGUACAGCCACAUAAAGCCAUUGUUGGUGCGAAUGCCUUUGCUCAUGAAAGUGGGAUCCAUCAGGAUGGGAUGCUUAAACACAAAGGAACUUAUGAAAUAAUAUCACCUGAAGAUAUUGGUUUAGUACGUGUAAACGAGUUUGGUAUUGUUCUUGGGAAGCUCAGUGGGCGGCAUGCUGUCAAAACCAAACUAGUGGAGCUUGGAUAUGAAAUUAGCGACAAGGAAUUUGAGGAUUUCUUUAAGCGGUACAAAGAGGUCGCAGAGAAAAAAAAGCGUGUCACUGAUGAAGACAUUGAAGCGUUAUUGUCUGAUGAGAUAUUUCAACCGAAGGUUAUUUGGUCCCUUGGUGAUGUACAGGCAACAUGUGGAACACUUGGUUUAUCUACAGCAACUGUCAAACUGAUAGCUAUAGACGGAGAGGAGAAGAUAGGGUGUUCAGUUGGAACAGGUCCAGUCGAUGCAGCUUACAAGGCUGUCGACCAAAUAAUACAGAUUCCUACUGUUCUUCGAGAAUAUAGUAUGACAUCGGUCACAGAAGGCAUUGAUGCAAUUGCAACUACUCGAGUAGUCAUUACUGGAGAUGUUAGCAACAGUAAAAAUGCUCUGAUUGGUCAGAACAACCGUUCCUUCAGUGGGAGUGGUGCAGCACUGGACGUUGUUGUCUCCAGCGUCCGAGCUUACCUGAGUGCCCUGAACAAGAUGUCCAGUUAUGUUGGUGCCGUAAAAGCCAGCAGCGAAGCACCCGAAAGCAUAAGAACUGUUCAAACGGCAGAGUGAGUCUUGAUAUUGUCGGCUCAUCACAUCCGCGGAGAAGGAAUGUUUAAAAUCUGGCAUCCAUGUUAGCAGAGGACUUGUCCGUGCUGUAGAAACUGGGGUUCAUUUGGUGUGCAAGGAUAAAGAUGUUUUGUUUUUCUUGGUGGGCUGCAACUUUUAGCUUGAACAACCAGCAAUGUUAGAACAUGUCGAGUGUAUAAUCUCUAUUUUAAUAACAAUGUACUCCCAAUAAGGUCAUAAUAAACACUGUUUGUUGGACAAAACCAA